AUGCUCACUUACGGCGGCGCCGCUAUGCCUCCCAUGGGUUACGCACCACCGAACCCGUAUGUUCAACCCCAAUACGUCCCACAGCCGCCACAUCCUGGAGCCCCUGGUCCUUUCAUGUAGAU